GACAAUAAAUAACCGAGCUCACCGUGGGACCGGCCUGGACCGGCCACACGUUCCCACGACCCCUCCUCUCUGCACAAACACUGAGAGCCACGGGCUGCAGAGACGCACAAGCAGCGCGGACUCGGAGGAGGCAGCGGCUUUGCACCACUUCCACUGUUUACUAUUAAAGCUCCAUCUCGGGCUGCGCUGUUGCGCUCCGGCUCAGAAGCGAAGGAUGGAAGAAAACCCGUCUUAAUCUGCGGAGGAAUUGGGUGAAAGUGUGGAUUAAGCGCGGAUCAAAGUGGAGGAGGAGUGGGAGCAAUAAAACAACUCCUCAGUUUUUUUUUUUUUUUUUUGUGAUAAUGCCGAGGAGCCAGUUUCUGCUUCGGAUUUACGUCCAAAAAAAGGCGAGUAGCCACUCUGCCUGCAUGUAGACACGGCAGCGAGCAGCAGAGGAAUCCACGUCUAUGCGUAAAAAGCAACUUGGACUGCAGUUUAUCGCCUUCGCUCGACUCGUCCGUGGAGUCCACUUGCUUCGGGGGGGAAUUAAAUUAUGAGUUCAGUCAGUGUAGCUAUGUGACUCCAUUUUUUUAAUGACUGCAGUGAGGCGGUGAAGUGAAAUCACAGGGUCCUGAGCAGGGGUCAGUCACUGAUGGUUGGUGGCUGAGAGCUUCAGAGGAGUUGAGGAGGGGCUGAGAGUCCACGGAGACACGGAGGAGCUGCAGAAAGAAGGCGUGAAGCCAGAGGAUGACAGCUGCCAGCCCACCCUGCAGCCCCACCAACUCCUCCUGCCACUCCUCACCUGCCUGCCUCCCCGCCUGCCGCAGACACCUGAGGAAGACCGAGGCCCUCCAGAUCCGGCUGCACCUGGGCUCGGCCCCGGGCGUGUGGCUGCUGCUGGGGGUGGUGGUGGUGCUGGUGGGGUUGAGCGUGGCGGUGGUGGGCUACGUCUCGGCGGCGCCCAAACCCGGUGGGGGCCGAGGCAGCACCCACAUGGACAGGAUGAAGCUGGCCGGGCCUGUGGUCAUGGGCCUGGGCCUCUUCAUCUUCAUCUGCGCCGCCACGCUGCUCUACGAGAACCGAGAUCGGGAGGUCCUGAGGAUGGAGACGCCGGACGACCUGGAGGACCUGAAGGGAGGGAGCUGCUGGGAGGACUCUCAGGAUCAGCAUAGCUUCGGCUGUCAGGAGCAGUGGGAGGGUAAAGACGGAGAGCCGGCGUCCUGGGCCUCUCCAGCCCACAUCCUCCCCCUCGCAAACCGUCCUCUGCCUGCUCGAUCCAGCAGAUACAGCACCGGCAGCGGACCAUCACUGCCAAAUCAUCCUCCUCCUCCUCCUCCUCCUACUGUGGACGGUAACGAUAAAGAGGAGGAGGGAAAGUCGACCCUCUUGGCCCGAGUCCUGCACCACAAGGAGCCGGUUCCUCACCCGUCCUCCCCCUGCCUCUCCGUCUCACGCUCCUCCAUCUACUCAGACUCCUGCAACUCUAGCGAGAUCAACUUCAACAUUCGGACAGACUCCUCGGAGCGCCACUGAAACCCCCCCACCGGUUCUCCUGAAAUAUGCAUGACGAGACACACUUUAAAGCAGACUAUGCAUUCCUGGAUAAGCAGAUGAGGAGUUUGUUGGUAUGUUUCAGGGCCUCGGUUUGCUCUGAGUCACUGUCUGUGAAGGGUGUUUUUGUCCUACAUCGCCUCUCUUCUGACUCACCCACAUUUUUUUUUUUUUGAAGGAUCGGAGCUUUGAUGUCCAACUCUCCAUCUUGUUGUCUUUGAACUCCAACAUGCCCUCAAAUCCCCAAAAACCACCGCUGAGUUUGACCAUAUUUGGACCUGAAGAGGUUUGAAGAAAAGUUGUUUGGGUGCCACACAGAGGAUAGACUCCCUCCUUCCUCCUGCUUCUUCCUCCUGCUUCUACUCUGCAGAGGUUCAGCAAUCAGGAUUAGGUGUCAAAUUUAUCUUUGUCUAAUCUACUCUUGGUGUAAUCUGGUCUUUAUCCGAGGUAAUUGUGUCUCACUAUAAACAAGAGAAGCACACAAGGCCCCACUCCUUUCACUCGACACCUACAGCCAUGCUAUAAAUACCAGCUGGUGCUCCGAACACACGCAAGAUCUGCUUUAUUACUGUAAUGUUUUUCUUUCUUUUUAAUUCUCACUGUCAGCUGCUCAGUUCUCUCCCUUUGCUCGAGUUGCGCCGAGGCGAGAUCUUAAAGGAAUAUCAGUCAGAGGGUGACGGAAAGAAAAGAGCAGCAACUUAACAGCAACAAACAACCCAAACAAAUCAGAUCUGCUGUUGUGAGUUGUUCCUGACGUGUCUUUAACUGAGCAAAAAAGCGGAGUAAUUGAAGCUCCGCUCUCCCACCAUGCCGACCUUUCAUCUCCUCUCGCUUCGUCAUCCCAUUCCUACGCUUUAUUCAAAUCCUCAGUCCUGAGAAACGGUGAAAAAUAGGGCAAAACAAUGCAGAGGGAAAGCAGGUACAAUUAAAGCCGAGUGCGUUUGAACAGGCGGAGAGGAAAAACGAGGGGAGGGGGGGUUUUAUUUUAAUUAUCGCCAGCGUUUUCUCCUCCAGUCUCUAAUUACACAAGGGAUCAGUCUGAAGGGUUUUAUAGGUGCUUCAGGACUGCUGAGUAUUUCCGUGUUGUUUGGGCUCCUGCUGGGAUCCUGCCAUCCAGAUGACGACCCAAGUGUACAGUAAUUUCACAGUCACACGUUUCACUCGGUAAAAGCAGCACCCAUCUGUCUGGGCAGAGGGUGUUUCUGUAGGUACGGCGAGCUGUUUAAAGAUGCUCGAUGUAUAUUUCAGUAGCGGGGAUGAGCAGCCUCCUCCAUUGAAUUUAGCGCUCAGAAAAGCAGCUCUCACAGUCGGUCUCAGAUGAUCUGAUGCUUCUGCGUCGUUGGGAGCUGAGGCUAACUUUCAUCUGCACGUUAUCAUCCCAUAAUCCACGCAGAGUUUGAUUGGUUUUGCGUAACAACCUGAACAGUCCUGCAAUAAAUCCUCCCUCUGUUAAGGUUCUGCUGUUUUCACUGAGAGGUUGUGAUGCUGCAGCUUGUGGCAGCAUUGAGUUUGUGUUACGUCACAGUGACAGGUGGUUCUACUACUGUAUUUGUCCUCUUUAGAGCUCGAAAGGAAAUUGUGAAAAAUCACAGUUUCUCAGAACCCAAGCUGAUGUAAAAACAUUGCUUUUACAAGACCAAAAAAAAAAAAAGAAAAAUUUCAUUCACAGAAUCUGGAGACAUUUGGUACAGCUGCUUGUAAAAAGCUAAAUGAUCAAAAUAGUGGAUGUAUUUUUUGUUGAGUACAAUCACCAACUGUUUUGAUAACUAGUUUGAGCAAUUUAAUCAGAAAUAACUAUUAGAAUUCUAAUGCCAGCUUCUUAAAUGUGAAUAUUUUCUUGUUUCUUUCAUCAGUAAACUGAAUAUCUUUGGGUUGUGGACAAAACAAAACAUUUUUAGGACGUCAUUCUGGGCUUUGAUUGAUAUUUUUCACCAUUUUCUAACAUUUUAUCGACCAAACGACUAAAUGAUUAAUGUAGAAAAUUGCAAUAACAGUCUUCACAAAUUAAUUUUUACUGAGUCAGUCGAGUUAAUUUUAACAUACAUGCUGCAUAUGUGUCAGGUUUGAUAUGACAGGUGUUACUUGUCAGCUGUUAAAUUCAUCGCUGACUAUUUUGACAAUGAAUUAAUUGGUUUGAGUCAUUUUAUGGGAAAAAAAGUCUAAAUUCUCUGAUUGCAGCUCCUUAAAUGUGAUUAUUAGGUCACGCUGACAGGUGGUUCUACUACAGUACUUGUCCUCUUUAGAGCACAACAGGAAAUUGUGAAAAAUCACAUUUUAUCAGAACCCAAGCUGAUGUCAAAAUAUUUCUUUUACAAGACCAGGAAAAUGAAAAAUAUUAAAUAAUUUCAUUCAUAGAAUAUGGAGACAUUUGGUACUGUUGCUUGCAAAAAGCUAAAUGAUCAAAAUAGUUGAUUUAUUUUUUACGGAGUAAAAUCGCCAACUAUAUCGAUAACUAGUUUGAGCAAUUAAAUUAAAAAAAACAAUUAAAAUUCUAAUGCCAGCUUCUUAAAUGUGAAUAUUUUCUUGUUUCUUUCAUCAGUAAACUGAAUAUCUUUGGGUUGUGGACAAAACAAGACAUUUUCAGGACAUCGUUCUGGGCUUUGAUUGAUAUUUUACACCAUUUUCUGACAUUUUAUCCAUCAAACGAUUAAACAAUUAAUGUAUAAAAUUACAGUUUGUUGUGGGAGUUUAAGCUGAUGUCUUCACAAAUUAAUUUUUAAUGAGUUAGUCGAGCUAUUUUUAACAUACAUGUUGCAUGUGUGUCCAUUUUGAUUUUGUCGAGUGUUAGUGGUUAAAUUCGUUGCUGACUAUUUUGACUAAGAAUUCAUCAGUUUGAGUAACUGUAUAGGAAAAAAAAGUCUAAAUUCUCUGAUUGCAGCUCCUUAAAUGUGAUUAUUAGGUCAUGCUGACAGGUGGUUCUACUACAGUAUUUGUCCUCUUUAGAGCUCGACAGGAAAUUGUGAAAAAUCACAUUUUAUCAGAACCCAAGCUGAUGUCAAAACAUUGCUUUUACAAGUCCAGAAAAAUGAAAAAUAUUAAAUAAUUUCAUUCAUAGAAUCUGGAGACAUUUGGUACUGUUGCUUGUAAAAAGCUAAAUGAUCAAAAUAGUUGAUUUAUUUUUUUAUUGACCAAAAUCGCCAACUGUUUUGGUAAUUGGUUUGAGCAAUUUUCCUUGAAAAAACAAAACUCUAAUGCCAGCUUUUUAAAUGUGAGUAUUUUCUUGUUUCUUUCAUCAGUAAACUGAAUAUCUUUGGGUUGUGGACAAAACACGGCAUUUUUAGGACGUCGUUCUGGGCUUUAAUUGACAUUUUUCACCAUUUUCUGACAUUUUAUCGACCAAACGACUAAACAGUUUGUUGCGAGUCCGAGCUGAUGUCUUCACAAAUGAAUUUUUAAUGAGUCAGUCGAGCUAUUUUUAACAUACAUGCUGCUUAUGUGUCGGUUUUGACUUUCAUAGGUGUUAGUUGUCAGCUGUUAAAUUAAUUGCUGACUAUUUUGACAAAGAAUACAUCGGUCUGAGCAAUUUUACAGGGAAAAAAAGUCUAAAUUGUCUGAUUGCAGCUCUUUAAAUGUGAUUAUUUUCUGGUUUCUUUCCUCCUCUGUGACAAUAAACUGAAUAUACUUAGUUUUCAGGACAUCAUUCUGGACUUUUUUCACCAUUUUCUGACAUUUUAUACACCAAACAACUUAACAGAUAAUGUAGAAAAUUAACAUAAUAGUUCAAGAGUCCAAGCUUUUACACCUAAAAAUAUAAAUGAUUUCCAUUCAUAGAAUCUGGAGCCGCUAGGUAUUUGGUAUUGUUCUUGCAAUAAGCUAAAUUAACACACUUGAUGUAAAUUAAUUUUUAAUGAGUCCGCUGUGCCGGCAGCAUGAAUAAUUUGCUGCAGUUUUUUAACACGCAUGCUGCACGUGUUGAUUUGAUUUUGCCAGAUGUUUGUCUAGAGCUCCGACAAAUAAUCAAUUAGUUGUCAACUGUUAAAUUAAUCGCCAGCUGUUUUGAAAAACGAUUAAUCGAUCAAUUUGAGUGAUUAUAUAGGAGAUUUCUCUGAUUGCGGCUUCUUUAAUGUGAAUAUUUUCUGGUUUCUUUCCUCCUCUGUGACAGUAAACUGAAUAUAUUUGGGUUGUGGAGAAAAAAAAGACAUUUAUAGGACGUCAUCUUGGGCUUUGAUUGCCAUUUUUCACAGUUUCCUGUCCAAAACAACUUAAUUAAUGUUGAAAGUAAAGAAAAUAAUCCCAUUUUGCAGUCGUCUUUGCGUAUUACAAUAAAGUAACACAAACUGCAUCCACUGAAAUAUUAAUAAAGAUGUCAGAAAAUUGUGAGAAAUCACAGUUUCCCAAAAUAACUGAAUCAUCAAAAUAGUUGCAAAUUCAUUUUUACUGAGUCAGCUGAGCCAGAAGCAUGAAUAAAUUUGCUCCUGUGUUUUAACACAUGCUGUGGACGUGUGGAUUUAGAUCUUAACGGCGGCUUCUAAUAUUUUUCCUCUCUGGAGCUGCAACAGUUCAUCAAUUAAUCAAUUAAAUGUCACCUAUUAAAUAACUGCCACCUGUUUUGAUAAUAGAUUUGUCUCUGAGCAAUAUAAGGGAAAAAAUGUUGAAAUUAUCUGAUUGCAGCUUCUUAAAUGUGAAUAUUUUCUGUUUUCUUUCCUCUUCUAUGACAGUAAACUGAGUAUCUUCAGGUUGUCAAUAAAACAGGACGUUUUUAGGGUGUCAUCUUGGGCUGUAAUCAACCUCUUUCACCAGCUUCUUACAUUUUAUAUACCAAACAAGUUAAUAAUUAAUGUAGAAAAUUGCAGCUCAAUACACACAAUACUAUGAACUACAUCCUGCAAAAUGUUCAUAAAGUUGCCAGAAAAUUGUGAAAAAUGACAGUUUUCUGGAUUAAUCAAUCAGUUGUCAACUACUAAUUAAUUGCCUACUUUUUAAAAAAAAUAAUCUGUGAAUAGUUUUGAGUUUUUUUCUAUAAGAAAAAAGUUCAAAUUCUCAGAUUCUAGCUGCCUAAAUUUGAACAUUUUCUUUUCUAUUUAUGACAGUAAAGUGAGUAUCAGUGGGUUGUGGACAAAACAAGACAUUUAAAGGACCUCAUCUGGGGCUUUGAUUGACAUUUUUCACAAUUUUCUGCCAUUUUAUAGUCCAAACAAGUAAACAAUUAAUUUUAAAAAUGAUGGAAAUAUUCACUUGUCAUAGUCCGAGUCCUCUGUGUACAUUGUAAUCCAGUAAUACAAACUCAAUCAUCAGUAAAUUGUGAAAAAUGACUGUAUCCUGAAGCCCAAGCUGACAACGUCACAUUACUUUCGCUAAUCCAAAACAUAAAAAAUUAAAUAUCAACCAUAAACAUCUGGAGCCACCAAUAUGGUUGCUUAUAAAAAGUUAAAUUAUGAAAGUUAUUGCAAAUUUAAUGAGUCAGCUGAGCCUGCAGCAUGAAUUAGUCUGAGUAAUCCCAUUGGAAAACACUUAAAAUUCUGAUUGCAGCUUCUUAAAUGUUAGUAUUUUCUUGUUUCUUUAUGUCUUCAUGACAGUAAACUGAAUAUCUUUGGAUUGUGAACAAAACAUUUUAAGAAUGUCAUGUUGGGCAUUCAUGGAUAUUUUUCGGUAUUUUCUAACAUUUUAUGGCCCAAACAACCAAAUUAAAAUAAUAGUAGUCAUGUUUGCCUGCCGCAAUACAGUAUCACAAAUAUUAUCCUCAAAAAUACUCAUAAAGUCAUAAGAAAACUGUGAAAAAGCAGAGUUUCCUGGGGCCCCAGAUGACGUCUUGACAUUGCUUUUGCUAGUCCGAAGCGUAAAAACAUUAAAUCAUAUCAAUCAUAGAAUCUGGAGCGCCAGAUAUUUAGUAUCAUUCCUUAUCAAAAGCUAAAUUAUGAAAGUUAUUGCAAAUUUAAUGAGUCAGCUGGGCCUGCAGCAUGAAUUAGUCUGACUAAUCCCAUUGGGAAAUACUUACAAUUCUGAUUGCAGCUUCGUAAAUGUGAAUAUUUUCUUGUUUCUUUACUUCUUUGUAACAGUAAACUGAAUAUCUUUGGGUUGUGAACAAAGUAAGACAUUUUUAUUCCAUCAUUACGGCCUUUCAUGGACAUUUUUCAGCAUUUUCUUGACCAAACAAUGAAAUUAAAAUCGCAGUCAUGUUUGUGUACAGUACCAAAAGCAUCAUCCUUAAAAAUACUCAGAAAGUCAUCAGAAAUUUGUGAAAAAUCAGUUUCCUGGAGCUUUUGCAAGACCAUAAUCAUAUCAAUCAUAUAAUCUGUUUCACCAGAUAUGUUGGGAUUGUUCUUAAAUGUCAAAACGGUUGCUAAUUAAUAUUUAAUGAGGCAGCCGAGCCAGGAGAAUGAAUAUUUUUCACCCUGCUUCCUAACACACACGCUGCGUAUGUGUCGAUUUUGUUUUCCAGGACGCUAACGAGAUGUGAAAAACGUUUUUGAAUCUGACUCUAAGCUGUGCGUGGGGAAUCAUUUUGGCACAUUUAUAUGCAUGCAAACAUCGCCGCAGCAUCACAGAUUUCCAGAAAUCUUCUCGUGUGAUCAUCUGUACUUGUGCGUGUGUGUGUGUACAGCAGUGUUACAUAAGUCAGCAGUGCAGGUUUUAUGCUGCAUUGAGAAUAUAACUGAAUCAAAUCCCCUCCUCGCAGUGAGUAGCGUGCAUGUGCAUGUGUGUGUAUUGAUACAUAUCUGAGCAGACGGGUAGGAAGCCGUAAGCUGCUUAACCCUGCGCUGACUCAGGACACAUGCAAUUCCUCUGUUCCUUAAGAGAGAGGGAAGCUAUCAACAUUUUUUGGGUAAAAAGGCGCGAGUUAUUGAGGAUCAACCGGCCCGGAGAUUUAAAAAAGACAUCUCCCUGUUAAAGCAGAAAAAGGGAUUCAGCUGAGAAGCCUUCGUGACAAGCGAGAAGCAUCACCACGGACAGAGACACGUUUGUCACCACCGAGGAGGAAUUUUAACAUUCGUCUUCAUCUGACAUCCAGUCAUCCCGCAUUAGAAUCAAAAGGGAUGUGUCACCAGCUCGGUUUGAAGUGUAACAGUCGCUGCAACUUCUGUUCAAACAGCUAAUAAACCAAAAUGACAUUAAAGAGAGACAAAAAAAAUCCUUCCAGUCGCCAAAUUCUCUCGUCUCUUAGCGCAAAUCUUGCAGAAGUUAUUCUAAAAGAAAACUUCAGCAGCUGUGGUUGGUGCCAGAUAACAGGUGCAUCUCUUACUAAUCCAAUUUCAGCCCGACUAUCCGGACACAAGCCACCUAAGCAGAUCUCACGGCGCAGUCAAUGGAAGAGGCAUCAAAAUGAAAGGACUUAUAUCCUGUGUUUUUGCUGUCAUGAUGCUCACAUCUGUUUACGGUGAGGAAGAAGAGCAGCCGGAGCAGCUAAUGGAGUCAGUGGGUUUUGAACAAGAGCAGCUGAGUCUGGAGUGUUUUCGCUGUGACCUUGGCUUCUGGGACGCUUGUUACACAACUGAAACCAACUGCAGCACCGGGGAGCUUUGUUUUACCGGCCGGGGACGAGCAGCUAAUUCUCUGGAUGUAAAGACGUUGGGUUGUGUAAAAGCAGAGGAGUGUGGCGUGGAAACCACCGUGGAGCUCUUUUCUAACAACACCAUCUUCGUCAUGACCAAACACUGCUGCGACACGCCCUUCUGCAACUCAGCACACAAACUUCCCAUCUACGCACUUUUAUAUUUCACUGCAGCUUUCUUAACCACCUGGCACAUCAGUGAAGCCUCGACGGGAUUAUUAUAAACAAACAUUUGUUUAAUUUUCUCCAAAAAAAAGGACUGUGAAGUAAUGCUGAAAGACUUCAACCAUAUGGUGAAGAAGAACCGCCAGCUUUACAGAAUGUUUUCGCUGACUCAUAAACAUGGAGAUGGUAGAUAAAUGUGGCACAAAAGAUAGGAAUUUAUUAACUGACACAUUAAUUUAAAACAAAUCUGGUUUGCUUUUGUUGCAUAAACUUUUGCAACACAUGUAAGAUAGUGAAUGUUUUAGUGUAACUGAAUAACCGUAUGCAUGACCGUACCUGCAGGUGAAUCUCUCUGCAGGUAAAAUGCUGCUUUUUCUCAGAACAGGUAGGAAUGAACGAACACACUGACCACAGUUCAGCUCAGCUGCGGUUCAGCAGCUCUCCAGCAGAGGGCAGGAGCUCAUCUUUCAUGAAAGCCUGCAGAUCCAAAUCUUUGUCGUCCAGAUCGAGGCUGAGGAACUUUUCCACCACCGACCUGCAUCUGUUAAACACACAUCUGUCUGUUACACAAACUGCUCUUCAUUGUGGGGUUUUAUUCUGUGCAAUUAAACAUUAACACACCUCUUUG